ACAAAACACACACACACACUCUCUGCCGCGGCAGCCUUUUCAGGGCGACAGAGAGCAGCGCUGGCUCGUCCGCUCUCAGAGUCCCUGUGUGUUUAAGUGUGUGUGUGUGUGUAUGAGAGAGAGAGAGAGAGAGAGAGAGAGAGAGAGAGAGAGAGAGAGAAAGAGAUGGAGAUCUUGCAUAACAGCAGAUGUGGGAAAUACUAAACAGCCCAGCGGACCUUCACAUGCCGGACAACAAAGCCGUGGGAGAGAAGCGAUCGGAAGGUUCUUUCUGGAUUCAUAAAUCCCACCUUUUUUUUUUUUUUUUUGUCUCCCACUGCUGCUGCUGCUGUUGACAACAACAUGGACCAACAUAGACACACAAGCUCCAACGCUCUGCAAAAUUUUGGAGUGCUCCUCCGGAUCUUCUUGGUCAACCAUUUAAUGGCCUUUGACUGAAGUGGGAGGCAGUGAACUGAGCAGGUAUGGUGGUGCCCCUCAGCAAGCUGCACUGUCUCUUGAAGAGAGCCCAGAUGCUGCUGCUCUGCCUUGGCAUCGCCUACCUGAUGGCAGGCAGCAUCCUCCUCCUGCAGCGCUCCACCAUCCGGGCGGCUCAGCUCAACCCCCCCAGCCUGCCGCCCCUGCUGUCUCUCGUCGCGCCUCCCGCUGCCCUCAGGGCGGCGGGCAUGGGCAUGAGGGCGCGUUCCAGAUGGGCCGCCGUUCAGGCCGUGUCCGGCGGAGGAGUCAAAGCGUUGCGAAGCUGGCCCGGCUCCCGCGGCCUCGGGGUCCAACACUUACACCGCCGCUGGUUUCACAGUCUGCUGCCAGAGAAUCCGGAGCAGAAAGUGUCUCAGCACAGGAGCAGCAGACACAAAGGAACCUACAUGGGCUGCUUCCUCCAUAACGCCAGCGAUCGGGCCCUGGGCGGAACCAUGCUUUAUGACCUGCGCAAAAUGACCAGCUCCCUGUGUCAGGACACCUGCUCGGAAAGUGGAUACCAGUUUGCCGGCCUGGAGUACGGCGCUGAAUGUCACUGUGGGAACCGGAUCAGCAGCCCGCAGGCUCCGGAGGAGGACUGCAGCCUGGUGUGCCGGGGCGAGAGGGGGUCUCCCUGUGGCGGCGUGGGCCGUCUCUCCAUUUACAAGGUGGAGGAGCAGCUGCCAGGUCACAGAAAAUUCAGAAACGUUCACCACCGCGGCUGCUUCAAGCUGACGAACGGCACCGUCGGCGCCUUCCCCAUCCACUCCGUUCAGCCCAACCUCACCGCUCAGUCCUGCAUCGAGACGUGCACCGAUAAGGAGCUCCCCCUGGCUGUGUUGAAGAGACCCCACUGUUUCUGCACCUGGACGUCGUCUCUCUUCGACAUCAACCAGCAGUCGGACGAGCAGCGGUGCGCAGACAGCGGCGCCCCGAACCGCACGGCAACAUCCGCGUCCACGGCCCCGCCGGAGAGCGGCCACUACCAGGUGUAUCACACCCCCGUCCUCGACUCCAGGUGCAAAGAGAGAAUGUUUCUGCCUCAGAGAUCCUCCUCCCUGGUGGCGCUCUCCAGUUUUCCGGGCGCGGGCAACACCUGGGUCCGACACCUGAUUGAGCUCGUGACUGGAUACUACACCGGCAGCUUCUACUUCGACGGCAGUCUCUACAACAGAGGCUUCAAAGGGGAGAAGGAUUACUGGAAGAGCGGCCGCAGCGUCUGUGUGAAGACGCACGAAAGUGGCCAGAAAGAAAUCGAGAUGUUCGAUUCGGCCAUCUUGCUGAUUCGAAACCCUUACCGCUCUCUGAUAGCUGAAUUCAAUCGCAAGUGUGCCGGACAUCUGGGCCACGCCACCGAGGCGCAGUGGGACAGCAAAGAGUGGCCAGAGUUUGUCUCCAGCUACGCCCCCUGGUGGGCCUCCCACGCUCUCAGCUGGCUGAAGUUUGGACAGCGCCUCCUGGUGGUGCACUACGAGGAGCUGCAGAGAGCCCUGCUACCCCAGCUGCGACUGGUCGCCGCUUUCCUAAACGUCUCCAUCACCGAGGAGAGGCUGCUGUGCGCGCAGAGCAACCAGGACGGCCACUUCAAGCGUCCCGGGGCCCAGAGGCCCGCCUUUGACCCGUUCACUCCUGACAUGAGGCGCAUGAUCGACUCCUUCAUUCUCACGGUUGACCAGGCGCUUCAGAGCAGGAACUUUAGUGGUCUUCCACAGGAGUACCUCCCCAGAUGAUGGUGGGUAGACUCUUGAAUGACUGCGUCUCCCUUGGGUUUGAGGGGGACGAAGGUUUGCAGCUCAUUCUCAGGAGGAAGCAGGAACGGAUCGGCUGAAGAUAGUGGACCAAGUGACUCUUUGACAAGCCGGGUCACAAAACAAAACAAACAAAAAAAAGCAUGACAGCUCACUGAGAAAUCCAACAGAGAGUAGUUGUUGAAAAGUGCAAGGCCUUGACCUUUUCACUCAAGAGAAGAUUCGACAUCAACUGUUGACCUGAAGAAGGGUCAGGGUAAGCCGGGUUUCCCACUGCCAGACUAUGGAUGUGCUCAUGCAGGUUCAGCCCACAUCCUCGCGUUCGCCAGCAUAGCCAGAUGUACUAAUACACAGAGGAGAGAGACUGAAUUUCCUGACAGAGGAAAAGACCUCAGAAGUGUCACGUGUGAUCGUACGGACUCUCUGUGGGAGACGAGAUCGGCUGAUCACAAAACUGUUUGAAUUUCUAUGAAGAUUUGAUGUCAUUAAAGAUUUGAAGCGAGA